AUGGAAGUCCUGACUGCUGACAAGCUAAAGACAGCAGAGACUUUUCUUAAGAACUACCUCCCUCAGUCUCAGCAGGCGUAUAGCUUCAUCUUUCUGAUUAAUAGAGCAAGAGUAAGCGCUGCUGAUGUCCUUGUUGACCAGUGGCCAGACUUCAGUGCAAUAAUCAUCAAACCAAAACGUGAGAAGGAAGGAGAUGUCUUCAAAGACAUAUGUGUUUUUGCAAGAAAUGAAGACACUGUAAGGAAAGUUCUAGCUGAUACUAACAUUUUGGAUUGGCAGACAUUCCUCUGUUUAGGUGUCGACCUUUGCUAUGAAGAAGUGGUGUGGGGUGUAGCUAAGAGUAAAGCUGCAUCAGGAAACAGAGUAUCUGUGUGUCACAUGAUGACGCUGAAAGAUCCCUCUCACCUACCACCCACAGACAGCUCUGCUCUUAAGGUCUCCUCUCUUAAUGAGUCUCAUGUUACACUGGUGAACUCCACAUGGAAGUUUGCCCAGGAGGAACACAGCAUGGGGAUGAUCAGGAACAUGAUUUUGAACUUUCCCUCCUGUUGUCUGUUGGACACAGCUGGGCAGCCAGUGGCAUGGAUUUUAACUUAUGAGUCUUGUGCAAUUGGAAUGCUGUAUACAGUACCUGAGCACCGGGGGAAAGGCUAUGCCAAAGCCUUAGUCACCAUCAUUUCAAAGAAACUCUUUUCUCAAGGCUAUCCUGUAUACUGCUUUAUAGAGGAAGAGAACCAGGUCUCCUACAGGUUAUUUUCAAAGCUAGGUUUCACUGAAGACCCAUCUUACAGGGCUACUUGGUUUCAUUUCAACAGUCUUUGA